AUGGACACACUUCCCCAACAAAAUGGCACUGAGGCAACUGAGUUCAUCCUUCUGGGACUGACCAGCCAACCAGGGCUGCAGCUCAUCCUUUUUGUGGUGUUUCUCCUGAUUUACAUCAUCACCUUGACAGGGAACUUUGGAUUGAUUGCAUUAAUCAGGCUCACUCCACGACUGCAAACCCCCAUGUACUUUUUCCUCACCCAUUUAGCUUGUGUGGAUAUAUUUUAUUCUACUAAUGUCACUCCUCAGAUGCUUAGAAAUUUCCUAUCAGAGAGGAAAACCAUUUCCUACAUGGGGUGUCUGGCCCAGUGUUUUAUUUUUGUGACUCUACUUCUUACAGAGUAUUACAUGCUGGGCGCCAUGGCCUAUGACAGGUACAUGGCCAUCUGCCAUCCCCUACACUACAACAGGAGAAUGUCCACGUCCCUUUGCAUCUGCCUCGUCACUGUCCCCUACCUCUGGGGUUCUAUUGUGGGCACAAAGCAGGUGAUAUUGACCUCUCACUUGUCCUUUUGCGGGCCCAACAUCAUCAAUCAUUUUUACUGUGCAGACCCACCCCUCCUGAUGCUGACAUGUUCAGACACUUACAUAAAGCAGACAGCCCUGUUUGUGUCUGUGGGGAUUAAUCUCACAGUUUCCCUACUCAUCAUCCUUAUCUCCUACACUUUAAUUUUCAUCACCAUUAUGAGGAUCCCUUCCAGCAAAGGCCAGUACAAAGCCUUCUCCACCUGUGGCUCCCACCUGACUGCUGUCGCCAUGUUUUAUGGGUCCCUAUUCUGCAUGCAGUCCUCACCUGGAAGCGCUGUGGUGACUGUGACCCAUAUGAAACAGGACACAUUUGCUUUCAGUAUAAGUUUCAGUGAGCAGGGUACCGUGCAAAUAAACAUGUUUGAUAAUAUCGGCCUUGCUCAAUCAACUGAGAUGUAA